CUAUUUCUUUAAAAUGUUAAAUCUUAACAGUUUGGAGGCUCAACUGCUAUUCCUCCUGGGGUGUUUUCUGUCUUAGACACAUUUUGCUCUAGCUUUUGAAAGAUUCAAAUUGCUUUGUAAGAUCUCUUACCAUGUUAGUUCAGUGUUAAUUAGCCAUCAAAUGGCAGUUGGGAAUGUAUUUCGUGAGCAGCGAUUAAUGCAACAUUUGUUAAAAAUACAGACAACUCUUUAGCAGUAAUCAUGCCUAUGUUUUGGAUGUUCUUUCCUGUGUAGACAAGUUUAUUUAUCUAAAAUUCAUGCAUUUAAAGGCUGGGUUUUUUAUGCCUGCUGGCAGAGCACAGUCAGAUGACUCAAAGCUGUCACGAGGCCAGUAGGAGGAAGGAUGCACCAGUGGAUAGCAGAGCUGAGUCAAUUGACAAAAAAAUUGCUAGGCUUGAUGCAGAGCUAGUGAAGUAUAAGGAUCAAAUGAAGAAAAUGAGAGAGGGACCUGCAAAGAAUACAGUAAAGCAGAAAGCAUUGAGAGUGUUAAAGCAGAAGCGAAUGUAUGAACAACAGAGGGAUAAUCUGUCACAGCAGUCUUUUAAUAUGGAACAAGCUAAUUACACUAUUCAGGCACUGAAGGAUACAAAGACAACGGUGGAUGCAAUGAAACUGGGGGUGAAAGAAAUGAAGAAAGCUUACAAGCAAGUCAAGAUUGAUCAAAUUGAGGACAUACAAGAUCAAUUGGAAGAUAUGAUGGAAGAAGCCAAUGAAGUCCAGGAGGCACUGAGUCGUAGCUAUGGAACACCAGAGAUUGAUGAAGAUGAUUUGGAAGCAGAGCUGGAUGCAUUAGGUGAUGAGCUUUUAGCUGAUGAAGACAAUUCCUACUUAGAUGAAGCUGCAUCUGCUCCAGCAAUCCCAGAGGUCACUCCUACGGACACAAAAAACAAAGAUGGCGUAUUGGUGGAUGAAUUUGGGUUGCCAAAGAUCCCUGCAACAUAAAUGUUUCUAAAGCACAGUGAACUAUACUUUUCCAAUUGUAUUAAGAAUCUUUUUUAAUUUAAAAUUCUGGAGAACUUGUCCUUCCAGUGUAACCUUAAUAUCACUACAUCCUAGAAUGCAAUUAUGAGUGGCUGGUGGUGUUCUUUCUUUGGAGAAAGUUGUUCUACUACUGACUUCUGUUAAGGGAAAAUUCAUCCCAGUUCCCUUCAGUGGAAGCAGUCAGUCUGAUAGGUUUUGAUUUCUGUAUCUUAUGGACAAAGUAACACGUGAAGACUAGUCGUGGCCGUCGAUAGCUGAGGUUUAUUUUGACUUUGUACCAUGUUUCUCUUCUUGAGACUAAGACUAUACAUUGCUGCUUACUCUCUGUAAAAUAGCUCCCUUAUUACUACGCCUGUUUGAUAAAAGAACUGAAAGCCAUUUUUAAACUACUGCAGUCCUGAGACUUUCAUGCAACUGUACUUGUAACCUUCUUGAAAACUGCUCGGGUUAUCAUUGACUUUAUGUAUUCCAUGGAGACAUAAAAUCACGUAGAUUAGCAGA